GUCCGGGUCACGCCCUUACAUUGGUUCGGUGACUGGCGCCGCUUCCCCAUGGCGCGGCGGUGGCUUAUACGCAGCGCCGCCUUGGCCUUUCUGCUUCGCUGGGCACCAGGUGUGCUUUUUGCGGUCCAAGCGCCCUCCGGACGCUUGCUACCAAAGAAGCCCAAGAACCUGGACAAGAAGCAGGAAUACGAUGUGCCUGGCACGCUGUACCAAGGGGGCCGGCGCGGUAUCCAGUUCUUCCUGGGAGACUUAGUGGAGGUGCAGCGCGACAGCGAGUGGGUCUCGGCGCGGGUCUCUCGCGCUCCCACGGACGAGCGGCCCAAUGACGGAUCCUUUCGCGUAAAGUUUGACACGGACGCCUAUGAGAUGAAGUGCUGGUACAGAGACCUCAGGAAGCCGAAGAAUCCUGAGAAGAUCCCAAUGCCCGAGUGGGUGGAGGACUGGUGGCCUGAGGAGCCAGCCCCAGAGCCGGACUACGUAGGGAACGAGUCUGACCCGGAGCUGAACUUUGUCAUCAAGGGUCCCUUCCCCAAGGAGUACACGGAGGAGGAGAUGUUCUGGAGACAGGGGCCCCCAGAGAACGCCUACGAGAUCACGGCGGAGGAGCGGCAGCAAGACGCCGAGAGAUGGGCCGACUUCAAUGAGAAGGAGGCGGAGCGGAAGCGUUUAGAGGAGGAGAGGAGAAAAGCUUUUGAAGAGAGCGAGCGGAAGUGGGCAGAGGAAGAGGCCAAGAAGAAGAAGGCUGAGAAGAAGGUCAAGAAGGUGAAGGUCAAAGAUCCUGAGGAGGAGGAAGAGGAGGAUGACGAGGAGGAAGAAGAUGAAGAAGAGGAGGAAGAAGAUGAAGAAGAGGAGGAAGAUGAAGAGGAGGAAGAGAGCGCUGAGGCCGAGGUUGACAACCUGGAGUCGCUUACCGUGAUCGAGCUGAAGGAAGAGUUGCGGAAGAUGGACCUCCCUCUUUCCGGCCGGAAGGCUGAACUCAUUAAGCGCAUACGCGAUGCAAAGUGAGCUGCUGGGCCCAAGGCUGUGUAGCCUAAGUCUUAGAUGCAGCAAAGUCCAGAUGUGCUUAAGCUUCUCAUGCCACAGUAGACUUACUGGUUGGAUAGGCCGGGCCGAGGGAAUGACCCC